UUGACACGGUUUCAGAGCAGCAGGUCAGGGAGGCUGAGUGAAUGUUUAGUGUCGGGGGGGUUUUCUGUAAGGCAGCAGCUACUAUGGCAGGCUCUCUGCACUCCACUUUUACUCCGCUUUUAUUCCUGCUCUGCUUUUUUGCAAGCCCUUCGUUCGCCUCAGCCAGACCUGCCACCGCCGAGGAGGAUGAUGCACCUACAGCAACCAGACCCACUCCUGCAGCUUUCAGCACAGCCCACAGUCUUUUACCUGCAGGGGAAACCAAUGCCACUGAGGCCCCCACCACAGGACUCCAGACCAGAUAUAGUAAGUCAACAACUAGGACCACCGCAGCCCCUGAACUCCUGCAUGAAGAUGGACGUAAAACACCAAAGAGAAAAGUGUCCAGAAAAGAAGAAGAGGAGGAGGAAGGUCCUCUGGAGUUUGCGAGCAGGUCCAUCAGGAGCGUUAAAGUAGCCAAGAAGCCCAAAACUGUCCAGAAGAAACUCAAAGUCAUCACCAAGAAGCCGAAGUUUGCUAAGAAGGGAAAGGCCCAGGUCAAAAAACCCAGCGUGAGGCAUUCAGUGGCUGCAGAAACAGUCCCACAAUGUCCCCCCCUCGGUCUGGAGUCGCUGAAGGUCAAAGACACUCAGCUGAGGGCUUCGUCCUACAAGCGAAGAGGCCUGGGUCCCCACCGCGGCCGACUCAACAUCCAGUCUGGGACAGAGGACGGAGACAUCUACGACGGGGCCUGGUGCGCUCGGUACAGGGACAAGAAGCAGUGGCUGGAGGUCGACGCUCGGCGGCCGACUCGCUUCACCGGGGUCAUCCUGCAGGGCCGAAGCUCCAUCUGGAGCUGGGACCUGGUGUAUUCCUACAAGGUGCAGUUCAGCAACGACACGUUGGUGUGGAAGCCGUGUAUGAACGGGAGCGAAGAGGCCGUGUUUGAAGGGAACCAGGACUCGGAGACCCCCGUCCUGGCCCUGUUUAACACGUCCACUGUGGCUCGUUACAUCCGGAUCAACCCGCAGACCUGGUACGAGAACGGGACAGACGGGGACAUCUGCCUGAGGGCUGAGGUGUUGGGCUGCACACUCCCAGAUCCUAAUAACAUCUACGCGUGGCAGACGGAGCCAACGGAGUCCAGAGACAAACUGAACUUCAGUCACCACAACUACAAGGAGAUGAGAAAGCUGAUGAAGUCGGUGAACGAGGCGUGUCCCGACAUCACCCGCAUCUACAGCAUCGGGAAAAGCUACAAGGGCCUGAAGCUCUACGUCAUGGAGAUCUCCGACAAUCCUGGGAAACACGAACUGGGAGAACCAGAGUUCCGAUACGUCGCAGGGAUGCACGGGAACGAGGUCCUCGGCCGGGAGCUUCUGCUCAACCUCAUGGAGUACAUGUGCCAAGAGUACAAACGAGGAGACCCGCGAAUAAUCCGUCUGGUCAAAGAGACUCGCAUCCACCUGCUGCCCUCCAUGAACCCCGACGGAUACGAGAUGGCCUUUAAAAAGGGCUCGGAGCUGGCGGGGUGGGCGUGGGGCCGCUACAGCUACGAAGGCAUCGACAUGAACCACAACUUCGCCGACCUCAACUCGAUCAUGUGGACCGCCAUCGAGCUGGAGACGGACCGGUCCAAACUCAUCAACCACUACUUCCCCAUCCCUGAGCAGUACACCUCAGAGGAAGCCUUUGUGGCGUCCGAGACCCGAGCCGUCAUCAACUGGAUGCAGGACAUCCCGUUUGUCCUCAGCGCCAACCUCCACGGCGGAGAGCUGGUGGUCACCUACCCGUACGACAUGACCCGGGACUGGGCGCCCCGGGAGCACACGCCCACUGCAGACGAGAGCUUCUUCCGCUGGUUGGCCACGGCCUACGCCAGCACCAAUCAGGUGAUGUCCAACCCGGACCGCCGGCCGUGCCACAACAAGGACUUCCUCAGGUACAACAACAUCAUCAAUGGAGCAGACUGGCACAACGUACCAGGAAGUAUGAACGAUUUCAGCUACCUCCACACCAACUGUUUCGAGGUGACGGUGGAACUGUCCUGUGAUAAGUUUCCUCACGUCAGCGAGCUUCCCAUCGAGUGGGAGAACAACCGAGAGUCUCUGCUGGUUUACAUGGAGCAGGUGCAUCGUGGGAUUAAGGGUGUGGUCCGGGACAGAGACACGGAGGCCGGUAUAGCAGACGCCGUCAUCAAAGUGGAUGAGAUCGAUCAUCACAUUAGAACAGCGGCCGAUGGUGAUUUCUGGCGGCUGCUGAAUCCGGGCGAGUACCGGGUGACGGCGGCUGCAGAGGGCUACCUCCCCUCCUCCCGCACCUGCCAGGUCAUGUACGACCACUACCCGACCAUCUGCGACUUCCGCCUCACCAAGACGCCCAAAGAGAAGCUGAAGGACGUUCUGGCCAAGGGGGAGAAACUUCCCAAAGACCUGCAGCUCAGGCUGCGGCAGCUACGCAUGCGCAAACUCCGAGUCACCACCAAAGCCAUCAACCAGAGGAGAGCAGCUGCUGCUGCCGCUGCUGCUGCUGCCAAGCCAGCAAAGAGGGCGUCACGGUGAUUUGAGAAAGAGAACAAAGCAGGACUUGGUUCAGAGACGAGUCUUCACUGGAUUCAUGUUGAGGUUCUGCUGGACACCGUGUUCCUGCUACACCUCUACACAUGGACGGUUUGAUCUUCUGCUGUGGAGCAGCGGAGCAUCUGGAGACCAAGUUUAUAUGCAAUGGUGAAAAAAGUAAUCAGAUUACUCCUUUAAAAAGUAACUCGGUCACUUUACUUGAUUACUUGAUUUCAAAAAUAACUAAGUUAGAUUAAAAGUUGCUUUAUUAGUUACAUUUCCUCUACAACAUACUGCCCGACCAACUUCUUUAACUCUCCCAAACUUACCUGGUUUUACCUUUUGGACUUUAAGUCUUUUUUUAUUUUGUUUUUUUUGUGGUGGUCAUCACUGAUGCCUCACAGCAAGAAGAUUCCUGAUUCGAGUCCUGGUUCGAGUCAGACGACCCUCUGGAUGGCAAUUUUUUGCAGCAGUUCAAUGAGGGUUUAAAUGAAGCUAUUUAAAUGAUAAACAAUUGAUAUAAUGUAAUUCCAUUUUAUACUGUACACAUAAUUAAGUAAUAAAUUAAUUUAAGCAACAAAAAUCACUACUCCAGGAGGUAAUUCCAGCCAGAAAAUGCUCAUCUCUCUCCUCCCUCCAUUGUUGUUUGUGUUGUUGUGUGGUGUUACAGGUGUUACAGGUGUUACAGGUGUUACAGGUACGUGGUGUCAAUCCCCAAGACGCCAGCA